UGUAUUAAAAAAUAUAAAAACAAAAAAUCAAUCAUCAUUAACAUGUUCAUAUUGCAACAUGAAAUUUAAUUAUCCAAGUAUAUUAAAACGUCAUCUAAUAAAACACACAAAUGAACGUCCAUUUAGCUGUAAUAUUUGUUCUAAAAAUUACAAACAAUCAAGUCAUUUAAUUCAACACAUAAAAAAUCAUCAAGAUAUUAAAAAUAAAAAAAUAAUAAAUGAGCUAAAUGAAAAAUUAUCAAAUCAUCAAAUAUAUGAAUGUGAAGAAUGUAAAAAAAAAUUUCAAAAAAAACUUGGUUUAAUAAGACACAUUAAAUUACAUCUUUACAAGGGUAAAUAUUCAUGUAAUAUAUGUGAUAAAAAAUUUAAUCAAUCUGGACAUGUUAAAGCUCACAUGUUAAUACAUACAGGUGAAAAAAAAUAUAAUUGCCAUGUAUGUAAUAAAAAAUUUGGUUUAUCAAAUUCUCUAAAAAAACAUAUGUACAUACAUAAUGGUAAUAAACCAUAUAAAUGUGAUAUAUGUAAUUCAAGUUUUACUGAAAAACGUCAUUUAAAUGUACACAUUAUGUUACACACAAAUGAAAAACCAUAUUUAUGUAAAUUAUGUGGUAAACGUUAUACUGUUGCUGAUACAUUACGUAAACAUAUUGAAUCAAUUCAUAAUAAUUAUAGAAAUUAUCAAUGUGAAAUAUGUGCUAAAAUGUUUAAACAAUUAUCACAUUUAAGUGUUCAUAAAAGAGUACACAAAGAUGAUAGACCAUUUAAAUUUUAACAAUGGAAAAAAAGGUGAUGGAUUUGUCAAGGUUGAUUAAAUUUAUGGAUGAAACAUUGGAG